CAAGCCGGUCCUCCACCCGCUAAUUCCUGUCCCUAAGCUUCACCCGUCACGCCGGCCAACGAGCGAUCCCUGUCGCCCCCUUCCUGCCUCAGGUCUUUCUUUUCCCUUGCGCUCAGUUUGUUGGGAGUGUGAAAGGAGAAGGCCCAGGGACGCCCCGACCCCUUAUUCUGCCCAUCGCAAGUGCCACUACCGCCAUGGGCCUCACCAUCUCUUCUCUGUUCUCCCGCCUCUUCGGCAAGAAGCAGAUGCGUAUUUUGAUGGUUGGAUUGGAUGCUGCUGGCAAGACGACCAUUCUGUAUAAACUGAAGUUAGGGGAGAUAGUCACCACCAUUCCUACCAUUGGUUUUAAUGUGGAAACAGUAGAGUAUAAGAACAUUUGUUUCACAGUAUGGGAUGUUGGUGGUCAAGAUAAAAUUAGGCCUCUCUGGAGGCAUUACUUCCAGAAUACCCAGGGUCUUAUUUUUGUGGUAGAUAGCAAUGAUCGUGAAAGAAUUCAGGAAGGAGCCCAAGUACUGCAGAAAAUGCUUGAGGAAGAUGAGCUGCAAGAUGCAGUGCUGCUGCUUUUUGCAAACAAACAGGAUUUGCCAAAUGCUAUGGCUAUCAGCGAAAUGACAGAUAAAUUAGGCCUUCAGUCUCUCCGUAACAGAACAUGGUAUGUUCAAGCCACUUGUGCUACACAAGGAACUGGUCUGUAUGAGGGACUUGAUUGGCUGUCAAACGAGCUUUCAAAACGUUAAAUAAAACUGGAUAUCUAACCAAGGACACAU